AUGGAAGACCGCGCGGAGAGGGAAACUCCAAAAAAUAACGGGAAAAGCAUACGGGGUCUAGCGGACUCGGAGGUGGAGGAGGACUUGGAGAAGGUCCAAGCAAUGGAAACCGUCUCUGGGGCUGGAUUCUGCAAAAUCAGCCUCUCAGAGUGGGCGAAGGGGUACAAAACGGUGGGAUUCCAGGGAACACACCUGCACCAGGCAAUAGAAGAGCUGAAGAGAAUGCGGGAAAAUGGAAGCAAAGUCUUUCUGGGCUACACAAGCAACAUGAUUUCUUCAGGGCUUCGGGACGUCAUUGCGUACUUAGUCCGGAACAAGUUCGUGGACGUCCUUGUGACAACAGCUGGGGGCGUUGAAGAAGACAUUAUAAAAACCCUCCGGCCCUCGAGAAUGGGAGACUUUUCCAUGGACGGAGCUUCUUUGCGGUCCAGCGGCCUGAAUCGUGUGGGAAAUGUCCUGAUCCCAAACGAAAACUACUUUUUAUUCGAGGAGUGGAUGACCUCCUUCCUCGACGGGAUUAUCGCAGGGGAUGUGUCGGAAAAGUGCAGCGAAGAAGUGCAGGGCCUGGGCUGCGGAUACAGGAAGGCCGGAGAUAUUACAAUUAUCACGCCCUCCAGGCUCAUACACGAGAUGGGCCGGAAAGUGGAAUGCGCGGAGUCCGUCUACUACUGGGCGCACAAAAACAGCAUUCCCGUCUACUGCCCUGCAAUUACAGACGGCUCAAUUGGGGAUAUUAUAACGUACUACAAGAGAAGGCGGGACCUGGUAAUUGAUACGGUGGAGGAUAUAGCCAGGAUAAACGGAGAGGGCCUCUUCUGCGAGAGUACGGGUGCCCUGGUCCUUGGGGCAGGCGUUGUUAAGCACCACAUUCUCAACGCAAACCUCUUCAGAAACGGCCUGGAUCACUGCGUGCUCGUAAACACUGCGCAGGAAUAUGACGGAAGCGAUGCAGGAGCACGCGUGGACGAAGCCGUCUCCUGGGGGAAGAUAAAAAAGCACACGAACUCCGUGAAAGUCCAUGCGGAUGCGACCAUUGUUCUUCCGAUUCUUGUGGGGGCAGUUUGGCCAGACGGAGAGUAA